UUAAAUAAAUAAUAAAUGGCCCAAAAAUAUUUGAAGCUUUUCUUUCUAUGUCGAUUAGUGCCACUGCAAGUGUCCAUCACCGUCACGACUACAGUCACAGAGCACUACAUUAGCCGCUUAAGUCAUUUCGAUCCAAUUUCCUUCAAAGGAAUCAAAUUUCAUCAUAAUCAUUCUUGGUUUCUUCUUCUUCACUAUAUUACAAACAUUUUUCAGUCACUUCAACUUCAACCAACAAUGGCUAUUUUAGAUGUUCUCUUAGGAACGAUCAAUGUAACAUUUUUCUAUGUCAUUUUAAUAUGGGUUUUAUUUGAUAGUUUAAGACAAAGCACACGUAACAAUCUUCAACAUUUCAAACACACACCAACAAUUUUCUCUUAUAUCACUGUUUUUUUCAAUGCUGUGAUUUCCCUUUUGAACAUAGCUUUUGUUUUCUAUGAUUACACUACACGUGGAAUCAUAGGAUUUAACUAUGUUUCUUUUGGUUUAACAUGGGUUUUAGCUACUAUGGUUUCAUUCUAUUCAAUGAAGAAAACACUUAGAGAGAAUAAAAGAUUUCCUUUUGUUCUAAUUCUUUGGUGGUUCUUUGUCACAUUUGUUCAUAUAAUCUCACUGUCUUUAAAACUUGUUAAGAAUUCAAAAUCCAUCAACUUAUGGAUUUUGUUGUUGGAGAAGAAUACUGUUGAAACAGUUUCUUUGCCUAUGUUGUUAGUGAUGUGUUUCAAUGCAUUUCCUAAUGUGUGUGUAAGGGAACAAAGUGAAAUAGAAGAAAGGUUACUUCAGAAAGAGUUUGAAUCUUCUACUUUUGAAGAUGAAGAGGCUUUUGCAAAAGCUGGUGUGUGGAGCAAACUUACAUUUAGGUGGUUGAAUCCUAUAUUUGAAAUGGGUCGGAUUCAGAAGCUUGAACAUGUUAAUGUUCCUUCUGUUCCUCCCUCUGAAACUGCUGCUAGUGCUUCUUCUAUGUUGGAAGAAUCUAUUCGAAAACAGAAGCUUGAAUGCGGUUCUUUGUCAAAAGCUAUUGUUGAUUCUGUUUGGAAAUCAUUGGCCUUAAAUGCUGUUUUAGCAGGUGUUAACACUAUUGCUGCUUAUAUUGGUCCCUUAUUGAUAUCAAACUUUGUGAAUUUUUUAUUGUCGAAUGAUGAUAAUUCAAACAUCAAAUAUGGAUUGAUUCUUGCCUUCAUUUUCUUCCUCGCAAAAACUGUUGAGUCACUAAGUCAAAGACAAUGGUACUUUGGUGCUCAACGAAUCGGAAUUCAGGUGCGUGCGGCACUUAUGGCCUUAGUUUAUAGCAAGUCACUAAUGAUUAAAUGUGGCGGACCAACGCAUGGUAAAAUCAUCAAUUUGAUUAAUGUGGAUGUUGAAAGAAUUGGUGAUUUUUGCUGGUAUGUUCAUGGAGUUUGGUUGCUUCCAGUUCAGAUUAUUUUGGCCUUGGUGAUCUUAUAUAUAAAUUUGGGUUGCACACCUUCUAUUGCUGCACUUGCUGUUACCAUUUUGGUCAUGGUGUGUAACACACCUUUGGCGAAUAUGCAAGAAGGUUUGCACUCUAAGAUAAUGGAAGCUAAAGAUUCAAGAAUCAAAAUGACUUCAGAGACAAUGAAGAACAUUAGAAUUUUAAAGUUGCAUUCAUGGGAAUCGACAUUUCUGCAGAAACUCUUACAACUUAGGGACACAGAGAAGAAGUGGUUGCACAAAUACCUCUACUUAUGCUCAGCAGUAGCCACGCUAUUUUGGGCAUCUCCAACUUUGGUUUCUGUUUUCACUUUUGGAGCUUGUAUAUUGGUGAAAACCGAGCUAACUGCAGCCACAGUCCUCUCGGCUCUUGCAACAUUUCGUAUUUUGCAAGAACCGAUUUACAAUUUGCCUGAACUUAUUUCCAUGAUAACUCAAACAAAAGUCUCCGUCGAUCGAAUCCAAGAGUUCAUAAAGGAAGAAGAUCAAAAUCAAUUCAUGAAUAGGCAUGCUUCCAAAACUUCAACAAUUGCUAUUGAAAUAAAGCCAGGAGAGUAUGCAUGGGAAGCAAAUGAUCAAUUCCUCAAGAAACCAACAAUUCAUAUUGCAGAAAAAUUGAUGAUAAAGAAAGGUCAAAAGGUAGCAGUUUGUGGGCCAGUAGGGUCUGGAAAAUCAAGCUUGCUUUGCAGUAUGCUUGGUGAGAUUUCAUUGGUUUCUGGGGCAGCAACCAAAGUUUAUGGGACUAGAAGUUAUGUACCCCAAAGUCCAUGGAUUCAAUCUGGAACUAUAAGAGAAAAUAUAUUGUUCGGGAAGCAAAUGAAUAAGGACUUUUAUGAAAAUGUUGUGGAUGGCUGUGCAUUGCUCCAGGAUAUCAACUUAUGGAGUGAUGGAGAUUUGACCAUGGUGGAGGAGAGGGGAAUAAAUUUAAGUGGAGGACAAAAGCAGCGAAUUCAACUGGCAAGGGCUGUUUACAAUGACUCGGACAUUUAUUUCCUCGAUGACCCUUUUAGUGCUGUUGAUGCUCAUACUGGGAGUCAUAUGUUUAAGGAAUGUCUAAUGAAACUUUUAUACGAUAAAACUGUUGUUUAUGCUACACAUCAACUGGAAUUCUUGGAAGCUGCAGAUCUUAUUUUGGUUAUGAAAGAUGGAAAAAUAGUGGAGUCCGGAAGGUAUAGAGAUCUCAUAGCAUGCCCUCAUAGUGAAUUUGUCCAGCAAAUGGCUGCUCAUGAAGAAACAGUAUGCCAAAUUCCAUGCCGGAAAGAUGAUUCUGUUUGCUGCAGACCCUGCCAAAAAAAUCCAACUGAAAUUGCAGAAGAAAAUAUUCAAGAGAUCAUGUUGGAUUGGAAGAGAACCAGAGAAGAGGAAGCAAUGACUGGUCGAGUAAAAUGGAGUGUUUAUUCAACCUUUGUCACAUUAGCUUAUAGAGGAGCACUGGUUCCAAUUAUUCUUCUCUGCCAAAUUCUAUUUCAAGUUAUGCAAAUGGGAAGCAAUUAUUGGAUGUCUUGGGCUACAGAAAAAAAGGGAAGGGUCGACAAUGUGCAGCUUAUGGGAGUUUUCGCUCUUUUAUCUGGUGGAAGCUCCAUCUUCAUAUUGGGAAGGACAGUUUUAAUGGCAACAGUUUCCGUGGAAACAGCUCAGCGCCUUUUUCAUGGAAUGAUCGCAUCGGUUUUUAGGGCACCUGUUUCAUUUUUUGAUACCACUCCUUCUAGCCGAAUUCUGAGUAGGUCAUCCACAGAUCAAAGUACAGUUGAUACAGACAUACCCUACAGAUUAGCUGGACUAGUCUUUGCACUGAUCCAGUUAUUGAGUAUCAUUGUCCUUAUGUCCCAGGCUGCAUGGCAAGUCAUUCUUCUCUUUUUCGUGGUUCUUGCUCUCUCUGUCUGGUAUCAGGCCUAUUACAUCACUACGGCUAGGGAAUUGGCCAGGAUGGUGGGGAUCCGAAAGGCACCAAUCUUGCAUCACUUCUCAGAGUCAAUUGCUGGGGCUGCCACUAUCCGUUGUUUCAAACAAGAGAAAAUAUUCCUGACCAAGGUUAUGGUUCUAAUUGACGAUUAUUCUCGGGUAGCCUUUCACAACUAUGCCACCAUGGAAUGGUUGUCCGUCAGAAUCAAUUUUCUCUUCAAUUUGGUAUUCUAUUUUGUUCUCGUCAUCUUGGUUACUUUGCCAAGGUCUGCCAUCAAUCCCAGCUUGGCGGGUCUUGUUGCUACUUAUGGUCUAAACUUGAAUGUGCUUCAGGCUUGGGUGAUAUGGAAUCUAUGCAAUGUUGAGAACAAAAUGAUCUCAGUAGAGAGAAUAUUGCAAUUCUCUAAUAUACCAAGCGAAGCACCAUUAAUUAUUCAAGAUUGUAGACCUGAACCAGAGUGGCCUAAGGAAGGAAAAAUUGAAUUCCUUAACCUUCAUAUACAAUAUGAUCCUUCUGGUCCUAUGGUUCUCAAAGGUGUCACUUGCGUCUUCCCUGGACAAAAGAAAAUUGCAGUAGUAGGCCGGACAGGGAGUGGAAAAUCUACUCUGGUGCAAGCCCUCUUUCGAGUUGUGGAGCCUUUGGAAGGAUGUAUACUUAUCGAUGGUGUAAAUAUUUCCAAGAUUGGUCUGCAAGAUUUAAGAUCAAAGCUUGGUAUCAUUCCUCAGGAUCCAACCUUGUUUUUAGGUACUGUAAGGACUAACUUGGAUCCGUUGGAACAACACACUGAUCAAGACCUUUGGGAGGUUCUCAGGAAGUGCCAUCUUGCGGAAAUAGUACAGCAAGAUCCAAGGCUUCUUGAUGCACCAGUGGCCGAAAAUGGGGAAAAUUGGAGUGUUGGACAGAGACAACUAGUUUGCCUUGCUAGGUUGCUACUGAAGAAAAGAAAAAUCUUGGUCCUAGACGAGGCAACUGCAUCCAUUGACACUGCAACUGAUAAUUUAAUUCAGAAGACUAUUAGGGAAGAAACAAGUGGAUGCACAGUCAUUACAGUAGCACAUAGAAUUCCUACUGUCAUUGACAAUGAUUUGGUUUUGGUGCUUAAUGAAGGGACAAUUGCGGAGUAUGAUCAACCAUCUCAAUUGCUACAAGCCAAUUCUUCUUCGUUCUCCAAGUUGGUGUCAGAAUUUUUGAGAAGAUCAUCCCAAAGUAAUUGCAAAAAAAGAUAAGAGCAUGAGGACAAACAGAAGGGAUAGCAUAGCAGUAGAAGUAACAUACUAUCACACACAAUUAUUGUACAUAGAUAAAAAGUUAGACCGCUGAGCAUAAUUAGUUUUGGCGACGGAUUGCAGCUCAAAAAAUCCUGACUCAUUACAUUACCAAAGAUCAUCUCAAAGUUGAAGGUCAAGUAGAUUGAAGGCUCCUGAUCAGUAUGUCUUAAUUGAUAUUCUGAUUUCACAGGCUUAACCGAGUUUCUAAUAUAACUAAGAUUUUCCUUUUCAAAUUAUAUCCAUCACACAAUUAGUGAUUGUUUCCAUAGUUUCUAUACAGGUUCCAUUCAAAGAUAUUAAUGUUAGUGAAAACUCCUUACAUACAAGAGCCCCGAAGGAGCCAAUAACAGACCUCUAGUUGUUUAAUACCAUUCUUGGAUGUCCAAUAUCAUUAGUCAUAUAUCUUGUGCCCUGAAUGUACAUAGACUUGUGCGUUAUAUUCAGUGAAUGAAGUUUUAAUAAUUUUUUUUUGCAUUA